GGGUGUUCCAGAAGAUUGCAAAGGACGAGUGUCACUUCAUCAAUGGCACCGAGCGAAUCAGGUUCGUGGAGAGGCUCAUCUACAACCGGGAGCAGUACGUGCACUUCGACAGUGAUGUGGGGGUCUUUGUGGGGGACACCCCGUUUGGGGAGAUCCAGACCAGGCAUUGGAACAGCGACCCGGAAAUGCUGGAGUACUUUCGGGCAGCAGUGGACACGCACUGCCGGCACAACUACAGGAUCGUCACCCCGUUCACCGUGGAGAGGAGAGUGCCCCCCAGCGUGUCC